AUGGCUUCCUUCUUUUCACGGGCCAGGUUAGCGACCUUCUCCAAGUUCGCUGCAGGUACCGCCAUCGCAGGCGCCGCUAGCUUUCACCUCUGGACGCGUCAAUGCGCGUUUGACGACAACUUCACUCCAGCCAACGAUGCUCUCUUCCAACAUCCUCUUCUCAAAAAGGUCAAUCCGAAAAACAACCCCGACUUUCACGACUGUUGCUUCCACAUGGUCUCAUUUGACAAGCUGCGGCCGGAACUUGUCGAGGACGCUCUCAGUGGGGGCUCAAAACUUGUAGAGUCGUAUUCUGCCGGUGUUUGGGGACGAUAUGCCUUCAACAUUCAAAGGAAAAUCAUGGAGAUGGCUCGUAAAGAUGAGUCCAAUGCCGGAGACCUCUGGAAGAAUGAGGAGCUGUUGAAAACCACUUACCAGGCCGGCACAACCUUUGCUAAUGAUUUCAUCGUCAUUGAAAAGUCUCCAAGCAGCAUCCUGCUACGGGGCGGACUCUCCCCCAGGGUGGCCCCUGAUGGCUCCCGAGAGCUGGACAGCAUCAUCACGCUUGAUGCAGAGCUCGACCACCAGUCCCGAGUUGUCACCUUCAAACUGAAGUCAAUACUCGUCAACGGAUUGAGCGACGGUAAAGGUGUUUCCCUGGUAGGGCCUGGAAUCUUCUUGCAUCAGCAGUACGCCAAGUUGUUGGUGACUGCUGGUGUUGACCACUGUGUUGCGUGAUACCCACGAAGGCGGUACUGAACCAUCUUCCCUCAUGAUGUAUUACAUGUGUAUUACUACCAUAGACUAUAGAAGCAACGAGUGCCAUCUUUCGAGGGAUGCUCGUAUGACGACAUAUUCUCUUUGGUAUCAUGAAGCAGCAAAAGUCAUAAGCCAUACCUAGGUCUAGAUGACAUCGGCAAUGAACUUGGGCACGACAAACUCCGCAGGGCCUCCAGUGAAAGCCUCGGUACCGAGCUGAUAGACUGUGGAUUCCGUUAGCUGAGAGUUCUCGCGGUUAAACAUGUUG